AUGGCUGAAGAAAUUGACCCUGCAAUUAUUAAAAAAACUCAAGAAAUAUUAGGUAGUAUUAUUAAAAAGCCAGCUUUAACUGAUAAAUCAUUAAAGAAGCCUCCGUUUAGGUUUCUUCACGACAUCAUCUCUAAUAUCAUAAAAACUUCUGGAUUUUUCAAAGGGCUUUAUUCCUCAACUGAAUUACAAUCUGAAAAUGUGAAGGACAAAGAUAGUAAAAUCGCAUUUCUUCAAAAAGCAAUUGAUGUACUGGCUCUUGUGACCAAUGAGCCUGUGAAUUUAAAGCCUUCAAAAGUUGUUGCUGGUCAUGAUCCUCAGAAAACAAAUCAGUUCUUACAAAUUUUAGGAACAGCUGUAAAAAAUAAGCUUGAUAGUAAAGAAGCUGUGGAAAAGGUUUUAAAUCAAAAAUUGCAAAGCUCUCCUGUAAAAGCGCCAAAAGAACGAAGAGCAUCUGUGGAUAAAAAAAAAGGAUCGUCUGAAAAGGCACAUUCACGUUCCUUAACCAAAACUCUUGAUCCUGUGAAAAAGAGUACAUCUAACCAAAGUAAAGAGACUCCAAAAAAUGAAAAAUCAAAAGAGAAACACAAAGACACUAAGAAAGAUAGAGAUAAAUCUAAAGAUAGGGCGAAACAUAAAACUGAUGAACCCAAAAAGCGAGAACGAAAACAGAAAGAGGUUGAAGUUGAAGAAAAUGAAACUAAAGCUCAAGAUGAAGGGCUACAACUAAAUGAUGCCAAUCACAAUGAAGAUCAGAUUUUCAAUUCUGAAGAACUUUUAAUUGCUGAACCAUCAACUAGUUUGAUGAAUGGGGAUUUGCAUGCAGGACACAAUCGAGAGAAGUCCCAUAGGUCACAUUCAAGUCGCAGUGCCAGACCUCCAUCAGCUAGGAGCAAAAGAACAAAACCAGGAAUUCCAAAGGAAAGUUUAACGCCAUCAAUGCCAGUUAUUUCUCGAAAUGGCCCGUUAAUGUCUGAAUUAAAUAAUGAAAACAUGCUUUUGCCAAGGCCUCCAUCAGCAAGACCACCUUCUGCAAGACCUUCUAGCUCCAGACCUGCUCCUCCAAGAAUUCGAAUAAGGCAUGUUGUUGAAAAUGAAGAACCAAGUUUUAGACCAGCUACUGCUAAACCUGUUGAAAAUGUGAUAUUGGAUCAAGGUCAUCAGUCAGAUGAAGAAGAUGAAAAUUUCAUUUUAGUGGAAACGGAGCAGACGGAAAAUUUAGAUGUCCAGAACUCAAGUACAACAGCUAAAACCCCAGAUGAAGACAAAGGAAGCCUUGUGAAAAAAUUGCUGGAAACAAAGAAAGACUUGGAAGCAGGUAGUCAGCAGACUCCAACCAAAAAAGUAGAAAUAGACAAAUCUCAAAUGUCUGAAGCUUCCAGAACUCGAGAGAGAGACUCUGCAUCCAAAGAACUUGGGCAGCUACGAUCUUUUGUUCAGUCUUUAAGCAAAACUGCUGUGCCGUUGGGCAGAAUGUUGGAUUUUCUUCAAGAAGAUCUCGAUGCCAUGAAAAUGGAGCUUAAAAUGUGGAAGGAAGAGCAUGAGCAAAAUUUAACUGCUCUUCAUAAAGAACAAAGUGCUACAGAAUCAUUAUUGGAGCCCUUAAGAGCGCAACUAGAUGAUCUUGACCAAGUAGUUCAAAAUCAGCUUGAUGCUAAUAGUGCUUUAAAGGCAACAAUAGCCCGAAAUGAUGAAAGAAUCCAACGAAUGGUAUCCUCCGUGAAUCACAAAUCCUGACCAAAAUAAACUUGAGUUUCAAUUUUGUGUUUAGAUGUAAAUCUAUAAAUGCCUCUUUUCACUGACGAAUCACAUAGCUCUAGU